AAGAACACGACUAUGGCGCUCCGAGUCCUGUUCGUGACACAUGCGGAGGAGCAGAGCCCCGGCCCCUCCUGCACGCUGCGCCCAGGCGUUGUUUUCGUCUCCUGGAUGAUGAGGUGCGUAAAGAGGCGCCAGCGCAGCGCACCGGGGCUGAGGAGGUAGCUGAUGAGCAGACCAGACAAACAGCUCCUCUCUCCAAGACAUCCACACAGGCGUCUCAGAGCCGGAGAGACCAUGAAGACAAACGGCAGAUGGAGGAGUAAAGAUUCACCUGCAGACGCCUGAGUGAAGAGGAAGGAUGGCGGGGGGUCGGAGGGGACUUGUGGCCCCUCAGAAUACUUUUUUGGAGAAUAUUGUCAGACGGUCGAACGACACCAACUUCGUCCUGGGGAAUGCUCAGAUAGUAGACUGGCCCAUCGUCUACAGCAAUGACGGUUUCUGCAAGUUGUCGGGGUACCACAGAGCAGAGGUGAUGCAGAAAAGCAGCACCUGCAGCUUCAUGUACGGGGAGCUCACGGACAAGGACACGACGGAAAAAGUGCGACUAACAUUCGAGAAUUAUGAGAUGAACUCGUUUGAAAUACUGAUGUACAAGAAGAACAGGACGCCUGUUUGGUUUUUUGUGAAGAUCGCUCCUAUACGAAAUGAACAAGAGAAAGUGGUGCUGUUUCUCUGUACAUUCAGUGACAUCACGGCCUUUAAACAGCCCAUUGAAGACGAUUCUUCCAAAGGCUGGGGGAAGUUUGCCCGGCUGACUCGAGCUCUAACCAGCAGUAGAGGAGUGUUGCAGCAGCUGCAGCCCACAGUUCACAAAGGAGAGAAUGUCCACAAGCACUCCCGCUUAGCUGAGGUACUGCAGCUCGGCUCAGAUAUCCUACCUCAGUACAAACAAGAGACCCCCAAAACCCCCCCUCACAUCAUCCUGCACUACUGCCUCUUCAAGACCACGUGGGACUGGGUCAUCCUCAUCCUCACCUUCUACACAGCCAUCAUGGUGCCCUACAACGUCUCCUUCAAGACCAAGCAGAACAACGUGACGUGGCUAGUGGUGGACAGCAUUGUGGACGUCAUCUUCCUGGUGGACAUCGUUUUAAACUUCCACACCACGUUUGUCGGACCCGCCGGCGAGGUCAUCUCAGACCCCAAGCUGAUCCGGAUGAACUACCUGAAGACCUGGUUUGUGAUUGACCUCCUGUCCUGCCUGCCGUACGACGUCAUCAACGCCUUUGAGAAUGUAGAUGAGGGGAUCAGCAGUCUGUUCAGCUCACUGAAGGUGGUCCGGCUUCUCCGUCUGGGUCGAGUUGCCCGUAAACUAGAUCAUUACAUUGAGUAUGGGGCAGCUGUUCUGGUCCUGCUGGUGUGUGUUUUUGGACUGGCUGCCCACUGGCUGGCCUGCAUCUGGUUCAGCAUCGGUGACUACGAGGUUAUCGAUGAGGAAACCAACAUCAUUCGGGAAGACAGCUGGCUCUUCAUGCUGGCUGAGACGGUGGGCACACCGUACCGCUUCAACGCCAGCGGUUCAGGGAAGUGGGAGGGCGGCCCAAACAAGGACUCUGUUUACAUCACUUCGCUGUACUUCACCAUGACCAGCCUGACGAGCAUCGGCUUCGGCAACAUUGCCCCGACGACAGACGGAGAGAAAAUCUUUGCAGUGGCCAUGAUGAUGAUUGGAUCACUUCUUUACGCCACCAUCUUUGGUAACGUGACAACAAUCUUCCAGCAGAUGUACGCCAACACAAAUCGUUACCAUGAGAUGAUUAACAGCGUCCGGGACUUCCUCAAGCUCUACCAGGUGCCCAAGGGCUUAAGUGAAAGAGUUAUGGAUUACAUUGCCUCCACCUGGUCCAUGUCUCGGGGAAUAGACACCGAAAAGGUGUUGCAGAUUUGUCCAAAGGACAUGAGAGCAGAUAUCUGUGUUCAUCUGAACCGGAAGGUUUUCAAAGAGCACCCGGCUUUCCGGCUGGCCAGCGAUGGCUGCCUCAGAGCACUUGCCAUGGAGUUUCAGACCAUCCACUGUGCCCCGGGCGACCUGAUCUACCACGCCGGUGAAAGUGUGGACAGCCUCUGUUUUGUGGUGUCAGGGUCUCUGGAGGUCAUUCAGGAUGACGAGGUGGUGGCCAUUUUAGGUAAGGGGGAUGUAUUUGGGGAUGUUUUCUGGAAAGAGGUGACUCUCGCUCAAGCCUGCGCCAACGUCCGAGCUCUGACCUACUGCGACCUCCACGUCAUCAAACGCGACGCCCUGCAGAAGGUGCUGGAGUUCUACACGGCGUUUUCCAACCACUUCUCCAGAAACCUGCUGCUCACUUACAACCUGCGAAAGAGGAUCGUCUUCCGAAAGAUCAGUGAUGUGAAACGGGAGGAAGAGGAGCGACAGAGACGUAAAAACGAAGCCCCUCUGAACUUGCCGCCAGAUCACCCAGUUCGUAAACUCUUCCAGCGCUUCCGGCAGCAGAAGGAAGCCCGCCUGGUGCCCGACAAACCACAGCUAGAUGUCCAUGAUAUAGAAAAGGGCCCUGUGUACGUGGACCUCCCCAUCGCUAAAACCGCCAUUGCAACUACCAGCAUCGUUACGGUGACAGAAAGCCCAGCAACACCCUCAUCUUCAACGCCUUCAUCUUCAGCAACCCCCAACUGCGCUCCCUCAGACAAGGCCAAGCUGCAAGUGCCAGUUGUCAUUUCUCUGGUCGGAGGCCGGGCUUCUGAACCGGCCAAGGUCAAAGGCUGGGGUCGAUUCAAGGAGUCCAUGGCAAAAGCGGACAACUGGAACAAAGUGUCUAAAGCUGAAUCCAUGGAGACUUUACCCAAACGGACAGAAGUGCUCGAGUCACAGAUGUCUCUAAAGAAGACGGACUCAUGUGACAGCGGCAUUACAAAAAGUGACCUGCGCCUCGACAAAGUGGGUGAAUUCCGCAUGACGCCCCAGGACCGCAGUCCCGUCCAGCCUCCGGAGACCAGGCACGCCUUCUACCCGAUCCCGGAGCAAACGCUCCAGGCCUCGCUUCAGGAGCUCAAGCUGGAGCUGAAGGACGACCUUAAGAGCCUGAAUGUGCGAAUGUCCGGCCUGGAGGCGCAACUCACAGAAGCACUUGAGCUCCUCAAAGCGAGGAGAUCAAGUACGGGCUCCCCACAGCCACUUUUUGACAUUUCUAGACCUGCUUCACCAGAACUGGACAAAGAGGACAUCUUCUCGUGAGGGAUGGAAGUUUAACUCAUCAGGUUAACUGUGAACUCAGCUGGAAUUCAGUAAUAUCCAGAUUACUUGGAUAGCUGAGGCUGCACCAGGCAGACCAUUUAGAUUAGGUGACUGUGUGGUCUUUAAGACGCACAUGCCUUCAUCAGGGGUGUACCGUCGGUUUGCGUUGAGGAGUCGAGGUUGUAGCCCAGAUAUUGUUCUUGGAGGUUACAUACAAAAAACUGACAGCUCUAUGUUUGUACAUAAGUUUGAUUUAUUUUUCCAUCGCACGAUAGUGGAAAAAUAGCUCGAGCGGUUUCAUUCUAUCUCGAUUUUGAGAGUGUAAACAGAAGAGCGUAGUUGCAUUUCUGUUGGGGAGGAGCAUAGAAACAGCAUGACCCACUGGUUUGUUAUUAAAUCAUUUAUAUGAGAUUCUUUGCAUGUCGCAUAAAAUAGACGUGGACCUCAAAGUGCAGAUGGUGCAUUUUUGAUUAAUUGAGGCCACACACACACGCACACACAUACAGCCAGUCAUUUGCGUUAUUUCACCAUGACAGUGGGAGCGGACAGUCUUUCCAGAUGUUGAAACAGUCUCAGAGUAAUUUCCUCAAGCAAUUGAUGAACUCUUCUUAUUAAAUCAACUGCCAGGAUCAUUAUGAAUUAUACAGCAGAUAACUCAACAAGCAAUCAGAUUUUCAAAGACAUCUCUCAGCAGAGUUUAUCAUUUCCAUAAACCACGGAGAGACGGGCUCGAUGAAAGACAGCAGUGAUCAAGUUAUCCAUCUUUCCUGAUAUCUAGUUGUUCUUAUUCUCAUAUAUAAACACUAAAACCACACACAUUAGACAUAUAUAUUGUAUGAGAGCUGUGCAUUUUAAGCUUUGGUGAUGCAUAAUUAGGUGAUGCAGAUGGUACUGGUAAUGGCUGUGCCCCUUAUCCUAUUUUAAGACGGCCAAGAACAUAGUUAUGAAUGCCCUUUUGCACAAUAUUUAUAAACUGAAAUGUAUUUAUAUUUAAAAUAAAACUUUAAAGUGCAGGUUUGUAAAUGCAAACAGAUCUGGUCAGUCACUGGAACCUGUUUUACUGAUGAUUUUUGCCUUUAAAGGCCACUGAGGUACAUUUUUACAUUUGUUACACCAGUUAGCAUGCGUGACUUAAUGUGUGCGUCUGUCUUCACAUUCACUGGAGACAAACAUAUAAUCCCAUCAUGACACUAGAUACAAACUGACUAUAAAUAAGGGACAAGGAUGAUGAAAAUGUUCUAAAUGAAGUGUUUCCAGGACUCGCUUUGUUUUUUUAAAGACCAAUAUCUUCUUGCUUCCAGCUUCUACAAACUUAACGUUCCCUAAAUGCAUCUUAAAUGCAACACAUGCACCUCCUUGUAGACUCUUGGGUGCUCGGACAGCAGAAAUUCAUUUUCAAAAUAAAUAUACAAGCAACCACCUUCCAAAAAGUGUUGUUUAUUAUUUUUUUGUACAAGAAUUGCCUUCUAAGGAACUGAAAUACACCAGACCUCGGCAGAAUGAUCUUCAUAAACAUCGUGUGGAGAGCAAAAGUGGCCAAAUGCAACCGCAGAACCCAUCGGAUGUUGUCUGGUGACAAUUUUGCUUUUUAUUAGCUUUUUUUAUCCAUCUGCUUUCCUGUGCAGAAAAGUGAUCUGAUCAUAGAUGUCGUCUCUAAACUCCAACUCUAUUCACGUGUCUAAAGUUGCAAAUUACAGUGAAAACAAUGGUUUGUUCCAGAUUAUUCAGAUAUUCGGAUACACAUACCAGAACCCUACAAUGAUUGUUGUUGCCAGACUAAUAGUUGAUGCUUUCAAAGACUGAUAUUAGAAUAAUCCAGUCAAAAUAAAUAACAUACAGUUCAGAAAAAAGUAGACAAUACGUGUGUGUUAAAUGUUGUUAAAUGUUGAGACUUCAUCUUUAGGUUGAAACAUUUGAAUUACAUUUGGAAACUAUUUCAGUUUUACCAUAAAGGAUACAUGUUUAGAAUGAUUCCAGUUGUGGAUUGCUUCAGAUAUUAUACAAACAACAACCCUUCUUUCUGGUGGGUAAAUUGUUAGUUUGAUGGAAGGGUCCAUCCUGAGAAUAGACAUGAGUAUGAGGGAUAAAGUGAGAAAACAGAGGGAGGAAAUGUGUUAAAAAACAUUUUUGUGGUAACUGAAAUCAUUCAUUUAUUCACACAUUACAGAACCCUAACAAGUCCACAGAAAAAGAUGCAUCAAACAUCAAGUAAAGCAGAGCCGCAAGUUCUGAUAUCAAGCAAUAAUGAUGCACAUUAAGCUGUAGAAGUAGAAUUGUGGGCUAGAACAUCAGCUGAGGCUCUAAAAUCAAUGAAUAAUGUAAGAAAAUCUCAUAAUUUCAGUGAAUGUGACUCAUUUUUGAAACAAUCAAAACCUUUUUUUGCUGUUAAAUUAAUGAAGUCCAGAAUAAAUUCAUUGCAAGUGGCAGUCAGGAGUUUUACUGCUCUGCUUGAAUCAAGCACAGCAAAAAAAUAACCAUGAUUCUAUAUUAUUUAUUAUCCAUAUGGAUAAUUUAUGUGCCCUGCAUGCCUUUCCUCUUAUCAAGACAAAAGACGAGCUGAGAUGGACACAGUUGAGAGUGAAAAGGCGCUGAGAGUUUUCUCUCCCAACACAUUCUGUGGCUCCAUUUCCAUCAAAAAUUCAGCUUAGUUAAAUAUAAAUGGGCAUGUCAUCACAGAAGUGAAAACUCAUUUGGUUUAGAGCCAGUGUUUGUGGGUCUUUAUGGGUCUGCUUUCACAAAAGAGUUUUGAUCUCGCAGAGGGGAAAAACACUGAAAUCAUCUUGCAAUGACUUGUCACUUUAUCACAGAGAAUUCAUAAAGCUUGCACACCAGUUCAGAAAUCUAAUGAAGGUGUAUUAAAAGAGAGCUGACAGUGUGUGAGAAGUCACGCUGGAGAAAGACAGGAAGUCAGCAUGAUAUAAUGGUAGGCACAGUCUUUAUGUACGUUUUGACAACUAAUUUGCUAAAAUGUGAUUAUAUAAACAUUACAUGACCUCUGCUCCAGUUAUUAUAUUAAGAAUGACAGUGUCUUAAACUUUUAUCCUAUUAAAACUUUUAAUCGAUUACCACAUCAUAGUGCUCUGCUACAAGCCUCGUAAUGAUCUGUUCCUUUAAGUGAUGACUCUUGUGUUUGAUAUACAGUAUUUUGCAAAAGUCUUAGGCAGGUGUGAAAAAAUGCCUUGAAGAAU